AUGAUAAAAUCAUACUUAUUCCUGUUAACUGUCUUUACAAUUUCCCUUUGUCUCAUAUCAAGAAUCGACUCUUUUGAUCCUUCCAGUGUUAGCGCGGAUGAAAAAAAAGGCUGGUGUACGGAGCAAACGGCUGUUUGUGACAAUUAUUGCAAGGAUAACGGAACCACCGGUGCAACUACUAACACAUGUGAUUAUGACAAGCUCACUUAUUCAUGUGUUUGUGCCGACGGUAAAUCGCCAGAUCCAUCUUUGUAUACCAUGCCAGUCGAUUAUUUCAAAUGCUCUAGUGAUCAGCAAAAUUGUACUGCAAAAUGUGGUGCUGCAAAUCCAGAUUGUGUUAAAGCUUGUACAGGAAAUUGUGCCGCUACCCUUAGUAAAUAUUAUGAUACUUGUAACCACUAUAAAAUUUCGAGAGCUGAAAAGAGGAAUACCAAAAAAAAUAAAUCACUUAAUGAUUCUGAUCUUGAACAAGCAUUUAUCAAAAUAAUUUCUAUUCAAAAAAUUAGUAAUUAUAUAGCUAAUGCAAUCGAUGACCUUAAUGAUCAUGCUGAACUUUCUCUUACCUUCUGUGUUUAA